GCGAACUUUGUACUGCUCAAAAACUACACUGAUACACUAAUAUAAAUUAAAUUUGCUGGCCACGGAUCAAUCCAUGAUUUUCACUCAUGAGAACACGUGCUAAGCUGAAUCGUUUUCAUCACUAUCAUAGUUUAAUUCGAAUCACGUUUUCGUCUCAAUGAAACAGUUAAAAUUUUCUUAUCAUUGAUAUAAUUUCGUUAUUCGAUUAAAUCACGUGGCUGUUUCACGUUUUUUUUCUUAUUCAGAGAAACCUCAAAAGAGUCUUACCUGUUCUGUACAUAUGUAACAAUAUAACAAUCUAUUCGUCUACAGUAAAUUUCUUAAAAGCGUAUCUAAAAAUCCAAAAUCGUAUCACAUCGAUAUCUCAUCGAGAUUAAGGGUAUUCGUAUAUACUAAUCUAUUCUUUCACCCUGACAUACCUAUACAAAUGUUACAAUACAAAAGUUAUUAUUGACUAACCUCUCUCUCGAGGUCGUAGGACCCAUGUAAUUUCGAAAUAUCAUGAGGAAGCCUCAUGUCAAAAUAUACGUGACUGUUCUCGCGUUUCCGUUAAUUGGCCCUUUCCUUCCUUCGCAGCUGCGCUACCAGUAAGUACCUCGUAGACGUAUGCCAAUUGGUCGGAAUACCCUUGAAACUCGAGCGGAUGACCAAUCGGCUGGUCGGUAUGGAAAGGCUCCUAGGAAACGUGAGGUCGCCACUCGUGCCAGCUUUAACGUGCCGUUUCGACAGUUAACCACAGUCGUUGUUUGUGUUUUGUCGCAGACGAACGAAGAGACUGAUCGUGAGUUCAGUCUCUAUCUUCUGACAAAGAGAUUUGCGUGUUGUAUCAGAAUUCGAGUUACUCUUUGUUGAUCUCUCGAGUGAUAAUUGAGAUUUAUCAAAUAAUGUAUACAUCUCGCGAAUUUCCCAUCGUCUUUAAUUUCUACAAGAAAUAUAGUUAAACGAUUUCAAACAAGGUAUAAAAGGUAAACGGAGUUGAUUGUAUGAAUACUGACAACGGUACGAGCAUUUAAUUCAGUGAAGCGUGCAUGCCGGCCACAGUAACUGAGAGGAAAGCAAUCGUAAUCAAGUGUAACUGUUAAUAUACUCGUUAUAUUGAAGAGUUUAAGGAAGAAUAUCCGGAGUAUAUACGAUCAUUGUUUCAAAUACAAUAAGCAGUAUGACUAAAGUAUCGGGAAUGGUCGAGACAGAAGACGUUGUCGGAAAACCGACUUUUGUUCGACGUGUGUCCAAUAUGCUAAAAGAUGGAAGUUACAGCGAACCACCGAUGCUAUUUCGUCACGCUUCUAUGCAGAAAAUUCGCCACUGUUGUCAAAACUUGAAUUUAUUGCCUUAUUUGCUAUACUCCUUCGACAACUCGAAAUCGCAUCCAAUCGCCCGUAAAGUGCAUAAUUGUCUCGGCCAGUUUCUUCAAAUAGUCACAACGAGGAUCUUUUUGAUAUACAAAAGUUUUCGGCGAUCAUUGCUCUGCGGUAUUCGUUCAAGCGAAUUUCAAGCAUCCGAGCCACCAAAGACUCCCGAAUCUUGCAAAUUUACGGCGAGAUUCCGAACUACAAGGCAAUUGAAGCGCAAACAAAAUAAUCGGCUGAUCUUGACCCUAGGCGUAUACUUUGCCCCUUUGUUUUUGUUCUCACAGCUGGUCGGACUAUUCUGUCUGAUGAUAUUUGGAAAGUAUACGCCUGGUUUUAUUUUCCUAAUAUCAGCCUUAUUGUUUCUCGCCUACAUCUCGUUCAAAGUUCUCUUUCACGAUAUCGAAUCGACGAGAUCGUCUAGACGUAGAUGUCGCAAGAUAAUUAAAGCGGAAUGAUUGCAUUUUGUGCCCGCUUAUCUAAACUAUUACUAUAUGAUCAGACUGUCCAUUGGAUAGAUAAUAGACCUGAGAGUAUUGAGAGUCUUUGCCUAAUUUACCGUUCUUCAUUUUCGUAUUUGAUUAUACUUAAGCGAUGCGAUACCAGGUAGGGCUUUACUUAUUAUGUGGUCUUGUAUAUCGUAUGAAUCAGUUUCGUCCAUAUUCAUUCAUACCCGUCUCUCUUUUUCCAAUAUAUGUACAUGAUAAUCAUGUUUUCAUCAUCGAAAGCUUCGUAGUUACUUUAGGAUCACGAUCGAUCGAUCCCGUCGGUUCGGAAAUUUCAUAAUAUUCUUUUUUUUUUGUACUUCGUCAUUUAUCGGACUGAUACACGUAAUCGUAUGCUCGUUGUUGCGACGUGUAGAAGAUAGAAGGUAAUGAUGUGCUUUUUUUUUAUAAAUAGGUCUUAAAAAUUCAUACGAUAAAUUUUUAUCAACACUGGCAUAAAUCGUAAUCCUUCUGUUAUUUUAUAUUUUUGCCUUUUUCAAAAUAAUUCUAAGAAUUAUUGUCAAUAUUAUAUCAUCGUGUUAGUUAACGCUGUGUAUAAUAUGAAGUGCAAUUUACGAGUUACCUGGAUAGCGUAUUGCAAAUCAUUGUCUAUAGCAAAAAAAGACUGAAAAUCGUUUUAACUUGUAUAUAUAUAAAAAAAAUUAGACGCGUGAUGAAAAAAAAUAUAUACAUAUAAAUAUGCGAGAAGAAAAUGAUUUAUUCUAUAUCAUAAGAUAUAUAAUAUAAUUAUCUUUCUUUGGAAAGACUUAGCACGUCCACUGAGCGAGUUAGGCUAAUCUGUGAUUAAGUGGACCCAAGUGUAUUUUUCAUAGCCAUUUGUUGUCCCAUUUACUUAAGUAUGAUAAGGAAAUAUGUAACUUUGAUCUUUUUUUUUAAAAUAUACAUGUUAGCCUUACACAAUCUGAA